CUUUGAUUGAUUUCUUUGCCCGCUUCCAAGAUGGCGCUCAAGACCGCGCUAAGAAUGUAGCGUGAAGCUUCAAUUCUGCCAUCACUCAAGAUGGCUGCCCCCAUCAAGAUGACCGGGGUGUGCCUAGGGGAAAGGGGCAGCAGGAUGGUCUGAGAUGGCUAAUCCUGGUCCCUCCUUGUCCUCUGGAUUAAAAUGGGGAACACACUGGGCCUGGCACCGAUGGGGACUUUGCCCCGCCGGAGCCCCCGCCGAGAAGAACCUCUGCCCAAUCCUGGGAGCUUCGAUGAGUUGCACCGACUCUGCAAAGAUGUAUUCCCAGCACAGAUGGAGGGAGUGAAGCUCGUUGUCAACAAGGUUCUGAGCAGCCAUUUCCAGGUGUCUCACACUGUGCAUUUGAGUGCCCUGGGCCUGCCGGGCUAUCACCUCCAUGCCGCUUAUGCAGGGGACUGGCAGCUUAGCCCUACUGAGGUGUUCCCCACUGUGGUGGGGGAUAUGGACAGCAGUGGCAGCCUCAACGCCCAGGUCUUGCUUCUGUUGGCAGAGCGGCUCCGAGCUAAGGCUGUCUUCCAGACACAGCAGGCUAAGUUCCUGACAUGGCAGUUUGAUGGCGAGUAUCGGGGAGAUGAUUACACAGCCACUCUGACCCUAGGAAAUCCUGACCUGAUUGGGGAAUCAGUGAUCAUGGUUGCUCACUUCCUGCAGAGCCUCACUCAUCGGCUGGUGCUUGGAGGAGAGCUAGUUUAUCACCGGCGGCCAGGCGAAGAAGGGGCCAUCCUGACCCUGGCUGGGAAGUACUCGGCUGUACACUGGGUAGCUACAUUGAAUGUGGGAUCAGGUGGGGCCCAUGCAAGUUAUUACCACAGGGCAAAUGAACAGGUUCAGGUUGGAGUGGAAUUUGAGGCAAACACAAGGCUACAGGACACAACCUUCUCCUUUGGUUACCACCUGACUCUGCCCCAGGCCAACAUGGUGUUUAGAGGCUUGGUGGAUAGUAACUGGUGUGUAGGUGCUGUGCUGGAGAAGAAGAUGCCUCCCCUGCCCGUCACCCUAGCUCUUGGAGCUUUCCUCAACCACUGGCGCAACAGGUUCCACUGUGGCUUCAGCAUCACUGUGGGCUGAGGUUGUCCCAGAGCUGGGCCCACAGCAGCUUGAACCUCUGAGUCAGGUGCCAUGGGGCCAAACACUAGGUUCCUCUCCAGAGCCCAUCUUGCUAGGUGACCCUUAGGUCUCAGGAGCAGAGUGGGGGACAGGACCAUGCCCUCCUCAGAACUGGAGUUGCCACAGGGUCAGCUGAUGAGGCGGUGGUUUGAGGCUCCUACUUCUGCCACCAGACCCACUCUCCCCUUCCCCAGGCUUGUGGCUCUGGACAAAGGGAGAAGAUUAAGAGGUGUGUCUGGCUGAAUUUUCUUCCUCUCGUCCUCGUUUUCCUUUGGACUAAAGCACCUGGCCCAUUCCUCUUCAGAGCGGAAAAGUCUGCAUGAGACUUGCUCGCCAUUCUGUUGUCCUAUCCCACAGCCUCCUGAGGCUGAGAAAGUAGGGCUGAGAGGCUAAAUCUUUAGCCUCAGAAAGUGGGGGUCUCCCAUUCCCAGAAGGAGCAUUACCUCUUUUCCCUGAGGGUGCUUCCUUCUUCACAUUCUGUGCUUCCAGAGAACAACUUGACCCCCACAACCGCAUGAAGAGGCAGUUAUUACUUUUGUGUUUCACUGUAAUCACUGAGCUCCCUUCCUCCUGUUCCCAAUAUGUUGUCCCAACAAUUUCCCUUUCCCGUCCAGCAUGGCCCAGGAGGGCUGGGGAGGUGAUGAGCCCGGCCUCAGCUGCAGAGUUCCUGGAGCAGGGGCAUCAUGGCGGGCAGUCCCUGGAUGAGCUGGAUUUGGUGCCAGUAUAUGCUGUUAAUGCUCCGGAGCUCCACCAACAGGCCCAGCAGUUUUGCAUACAGAAACCUGUGGAGGAAGUAUCAGGAAGACCAGAGAGAGAGAAGGGAAAUAAGGCAGAUGGGUAUUCUGUUCUGAGGCCCUGAUCUCCUGAACUGUCCCUGAGUAAUCCUGUCUGAAUGUUAGAGAAAGUCACACUCUGAUAUGACAAAUUUAUCAAAAAUUCCAAAGAUCCCCAAGGAGGCCUCUGACACUGUCUUCUCUCACCAUGCUUAGUUUUUCCUGAACCCAGAUCUCUGGGGGCCAAGUGUAAAGAAAGCCUCAACUUUGGCCAGAACUUCAUCUGUACGGAAUGUGAGAAUCUGGCCUUCUAGAGCAAGUUCUAGAAGGUAGGUUUGUAAUUAUGUGGUAUAAAGCAUCCCCUUUCUGGCAAGUUGACUCAUUCACUAAGCAGUGAGCAAGACAGAAGUGGUGCUUACUUCAGAACCUAUGUAGAUUGUAGACUACUGAACCAGGGAUUGGCUUUGGCCAUGGGACUGCAAAUGACCAUAACUUCAAAGGAUAUGAAAACUCCAAGGACUUGGCCCCCUAGAGAGGAGAAAAAGGGCCUGGGAAAAAGAGUGAGCAAAACUCUUCAGGGGCUACUUUGGUCUAGAGAUGUUGGAGUGACAAAGUGAUGGAUGUCAUCAAUCUCAGGAAUGCUGUUAUACUGAGCCUGUGAGCUACUACUUUGCAUCUCUACUGAAUAAAAAAAAAAAAUCUGGAAAAAGUGAGAUGAAGCUGCAGUAAAUGCAAUUUGAUGAUGGAACUGUUUGAAACAGGAUGGUCCACAGGAAGGACCAGAACCACAAGAGACCUGUUUUCCCAAAGAAAAAGCAUAAAAAUCUUUAUUUAUCCUAA